CAAGCGCCUGCGGAGAAACGGGGGCCCGUCGGCGCUCGGGAAGCCGAUCCUGGAGGAAGGAUCCAGGCCCGGGACUUCCGAGAGGCUCCAGGAGGGAAGCAAGAAGAUGGAUUGCGGGAGGAGCGGAAGGUGGGCACUUUAGGGACCAGAGGUGGUGAAGCAGGUCGGAAACCGAGCCCUGCAAUGACAGAGCAAAGGGACUCCAACUGUGGGCUGCAGCGCCGGUCCCUUGGACUACCUAUGAGAUCCUUACCUAUGAGACCCAAGCUCCAGGCCUGGGGUCUUUCCUACCAGUCCCACUCCCAACACACAUCUCCCUGGGAGGGAGAGCAAGCGAGGCACAUGUACUCAGAGACGGGGGCCUGAGUAUGUCUUGGGAAGAGGCGAAGAGACAGCCAGACAACCAGGAAGGAGCUUGGAGCUUUCAGGACACAACAGCAUCGCGGGAACAGUGGAAAGAGGACCAGCAAAGAGGCAGACAAGGCAUCCCCACCGGGGACAGCCAAGCCAACUGAGCAGGAUGAGACAAGAGAGCCCCAGGCGUAGCUAGAGAUCUAUGCCCUUACCUACAUGGCGGGAGCUUGGGGCUUGGGGGGGCUCCUGCUCCUGGCUGUGGUCAUUGUGUCCGCCUGUCUGUGUCGGCUCCAUCGGAAAGUGAGGAGGCUGGAGAGGAGCUGGGCCCAGCUCUCGGAGCAAGAGCUCCACUAUGCAUCUCUGCUGCCCAUGCCCUGGAGGGAGAGGCCUGACCUCAGCCACAGGGAAGGUGCCAAGGAGGACCCCAGCACCGAAUAUGCCUGCAUUGCCAAGAACUAAGCCAGCGGAGCUCCCCCAGACACCUCCCUGAACCCAGGUGGACCCUGUGGCCCACCCAGUAAAACCAUGUCCUGCCAC